GAUGUUCAGUUCGUCUCAGAGUGCCGUCAGAAGAAUAACAAACCAUGUUUAGUGGGAAAUCAUCCAGCGCAUCUAAGGACAUGGAGAAGGGUGAACAUGAACUCGCAGAUCUAGAUCAGAACAACGUCAGUCGGUUUCAAGUCGCAAAAGUUGACGGUGAUGCAGAAAAAGACGACUCUCUCAAUGUGAAUCAACUAUCCGUUGGUCACAAUCAGGGAUCGUAUGACUCGCGGCACAAGAGCCAGUUGACACGUGAAGUACCACCGAGGGCAGAACAUUACAGAGAUCUGACAACAUCAUCACCCCCCGUUUUUCGUCCAACUUUAGAAGAGCUACAUGAGGAGAAUUUCGAACAGAAGCAACCGGAAAGAAAGGAUGAUGACCAGCAACAGCAGCAAAAGAAAGGAAAAAUUAUUCGAUUUGGAUGGCUUGAAGGUGUCUUUAUGCGAUGUCUUCUCAAUAUUUGGGGUGUUAUGUUAUUUUUACGACUGUCCUGGGUAAUCGGCCAAGCUGGCAUAGGAGAAGGUGCUGCAGUAAUAAUUCUAGCAAACAUAGUUACUAUUGUAACUACCAUUUCAAUGUCAGCUGUAUGUACUAAUGGAUUAAUCAAAGGAGGUGGAAUUUACUAUAUGAUAUCAAGAUCCCUGGGACCAGAAUUUGGUGGUGCAAUUGGAUUAAUGUUUACAUUAGCCAACUCCAUUGCUGUAUCAAUGUACAUAGUUGGUUUUUGUGAAUCUCUCCAAGAUUUAUUGAAAAGUUAUGAUGUUAUACUCAUUGAUGGUGCAACAAAUGAUAUUCGGGUUGUUGGAUUAGCCACACUUAUUGCAAUCCUAAUAUUAGCAAUUGUCGGCAUGGAUUGGGUCACCCGAACACAAAUGGUGCUUCUUGUAGUGCUAAUUUUUUCUCAAAUAGAUUUUGUAAUUGGAACAAUUCUGGGACCCAAAAGUGAUACAGAAGUUUCUAAAGGUUUUGUUGGAUACAAUAAGGAAACAUUCAAGGAAAAUCUAUACAGUGAUUACCGUGCUUUUGAAGGUGUUGAACACAACUUUUUCUCUGUUUUUGCUGUGUUCUUCCCCGCAGUAACUGGUAUCGUAGCUGGAGCAAAUCUGUCAGGAGACCUAAAGGACCCAAGCAGUGCAAUCCCAAUAGGUACACUUCUGGCAAUAUUGGUAACCUUUGUGUCAUAUGUGGCAUAUGGCUUUAUGAUGGGUGGAUGCAUGCUGAGAGAAGCCUCAGGAAAUAUAACUGAAUAUAUUUCAGUCAUAAAUACUUCUGAAUCUUGGUCAAUAUUUACUAACUGCACUGAUCGUGACUGUAGAUAUGGUUUGCAUAAUGACAAUCAAGCCAUGGAAUUGGUAUCUUGGUGGGGUCCUCUUAUUUAUGGAGGAUGCUUUGCAGCAACUUUGUCAUCUGCCAUCGCUAGUCUAGUGGGAGCUCCACGAGUGCUGCAGGCCCUUGCAAAAGAUAAAUUAUAUCCCUUUAUAGGAUUCUUCUCAGAGGGAUUUGGAGCAAACAAUGAUCCAGUCAGAGGUUACGUCCUAGUGUUUUGUAUUUCUUUUGGUUGCAUUCUGAUAGCUCAAUUAAACGCCAUUGCUCCAUUAUUAUCAAAUUUCUUCUUGGCUGCAUAUGCAUUAAUUAACUUCUCUGUAUUCCAUGCCUCUAUAUCAAGAAGUCCUGGCUGGAGACCGGCUUUUAAGUAUUACAAUGCAUGGGUGAGCUUGAUAGGGACUUUAUUGUGUAUUGCUGUGAUGUUCCUUAUAUCAUGGUGGACUGCUUUAAUAACAUUUGUUGUAGUCAUCACACUCUAUCUGUAUGUGUCAUAUCGUAAACCAGAGGUUAAUUGGGGCUCAUCAACACAAGCCCAAUCCUACAGUUCAGCUUUAAAAGCGAUGCAGGAACUUAACAGAGUUGAAGAACAUGUCAAAAAUUAUCGACCUCAGAUUCUAGUGCUCAGUGGUAUGCCAAGCACCCGCCCUCAACUGCUCCACUUCUCAAAUCUCAUUACCAAAGGACUCUCUCUUAAUAUUUGUGGUUAUGCAAUAAAGGGACAUCAUUCACAGCGUGUUUCUGAUGCUUUGGCAAGAAAAGCAUACACAUGGUUGAGAAGACACAGGAUUAAAUCAUUUUUUAAUGUUGCUGAAGAUGAAAAUUAUGUAACUGCAGUGCAAGCAUUAAUUAAAAUAUCUGGAUUGGGAAAACUUAAACCCAAUAUGCUUCUUAUGGGCUAUAAAAAUGAUUGGCAAACUUGUGAUCGUGAGGAGCUUCUUCAAUAUUUUGAUAUCAUACACUACGCACUAGAUAAAUACCUAGCUGUUGGAAUUCUCAGAGUUCAGGAAGGUCUUGAUUAUUCAGGAAUAAUAAAUGAUGACGAAGUUGUUCCAAUAUCGUUUUUGGAUAAAAAAGAUGCUGAAGAGAAAAUGAGACGUAACCAAUCAGCUGGACAGUUGUCUCAAGUUGAUGGUGUAAGCAGCGAUACUGAUACCCCACCUACGACACCUAGAAUGGAUCGUGUUAACAUAAGCACAGAUCCAAGUGCUGGAGAUGGUGGAGACACUACUGUAACAGUAGAUAGCAAAGAGAAAAAGAAGAAGAUCAAGAAGAAGAGUGGUAAAGAGAAGAACCCUGAAUUAUUAUACACAGGGCCUGGAGGUGUACCUCUCUCAAAGGAUAUUCUAAAUAAUGUCACGUUAUUUCAAAGAAAACAGAAAAAAGGAUUUAUAGAUGUCUGGUGGUUAUAUGACGAUGGAGGACUGACUUUGCUCAUCCCUUAUAUUUUAAGUACAAAGUCUAUUUAUUCAAGUUGUAAACUACGAAUUUUUUCACUGGCAACAAGCAAAAACGAUCUUGACAGAGAUCAAAGAAAUUUGGCUGCACUUCUUUCUAAGUUUCGCAUAGAAUACAGUGAUGUUGUGGUCAUACCAGAUAUCACACGAAAAGCUCAGGAAGAGACAAAGAAAGAAUUUGAAGCACUGAUUGAAAAUUUCCGCUCAGGUUCUGACAAUGAUGAUUCUAGUGGAGGCCAGAGGACAUAUAUUACAGACACAGAACUGAUUGCCUUACAAGAAAAGACAAAUCGACACAUGAGGUUACGAGAAUUAUUAUUACAACAUUCACAGGAAUCAACUUUUGUGGUCAUGUACGGCUCUCCCAAUUCCAAGGAAAGGAACAGUAUCAGCACCAUUGUAUAUGGCAUGGUUAGAGCUACUAACCAAAGGGAUGCCUCCUUCCCUUCUUGUGCGGGGCAACCAAACAUCAGUUCUCACAUAUUACUCUUAAUUUUAUAUUAAAGAAAACAAUAUCAUUCAUCUCAGCCUCAGUACAACUGAUUUUUAAUUCAAAUUUACACAUUUUUUAGAGUUGCUUUACAGAGAAAUGUGCCAUAUUUUGUAAAUAAGUCAGUAUUUAAUAUCAUUCAUUACAUUUUAUUCAAUGAAUUUAUUUGAUUACAUAUUCAUGGGAAGAAGCAAGAUGAGACCACAGGCAAAAAUUUGAACUGCAAUUUAUAAGCAAACAUACAAAGUAGUUCACAAUGAAUGACUGACUUCUCAUCUUUGAAUAAUGUUUCUCUUCUUGCUACACACACCAGAUAUUAUUAAGAGAGAAUACAAUCAUCUCUUCUAUUAUACUUUGUUAUGCUUUCUGUAGAAAAACAGAUUGGAAAUUUUCAUCACCAGAAUUAUUGAAUGUUCAUACAAACCCUCAAGGGAAAUUAUGAAAAGUAAUAAACUUUUUAGUACAUUAACCACUGAAAACACUGCAUUUGGUUUUAAAGAACAAACAAGAAUAAAAAUGUGUUCUAAAUCACACUCAGUCUGCUAAUGAUGUCCGAGUACUGCAUGUUAAAUUGCUUCAUUCAUUAUUAAGAACAAGCAAGUGAUAUUACUUCACGUGUUUAAAUAUAUUAGUGGUAUUUUUUUUUUUUUUAUAAUGGAAAAAAAGUUUUAAUGUUAUAACAUUUCAGAUGUUGAUUUAUUGAAUAGAAAUAUAAAUGAAAUUAGCAAGGUUAUUUCCCUUGCAUUAUUCAAUAAAGUCAAGGAAAGUAAUUUAUUGUAUUAUGUAAUAAUACACUCUAUACUGCAAAUCUGUCAAAAUACAUGUGUGAAUUUAUUGGUAAUUAUUUUGUUGGUUCCCAUUUUGUAUGGAUGAAGAAAUGAGAUGCACAAUUAUUAAUGCUUGAACUUGGUUUUCCAUGUUGUUUAUUUUUAAAAGUAUUACCUCUCACUACAAGAAAAACUUUGCAGGACUGCAGAACAGAAAAUUGAAAAUAGUUUUGUCAGUACUUAAGAUAUCAUUCUUCCAACAAUUGAUCAAAUUUUAAAAAUACAAAAGUGCUAACAAAAAAUGCAUUGUUUAAAAAACAUGAAUUAAGUUUCUCAAAUUAAAAAUAUUGAUUCUAUUUAUUAAAAAGGUAAUUUGAAUAAUGCAUGGCUAGCGCAAUCAAUAUCAACACCAGCUUCUUUCCACGAUUUUGCUAUAAGUUGUACAAUGUUUUAAUAAAGUAUCAAAACAUUCUUAAUAAAUUGAAUUUAUUACAGUGAUUUUAUUGUCAUUUUGUCCAGUUUCUUAUGAACAAUCAAAAUAGAAAUGUAUUAUUAUUUUCCAAAAUAACGGUACGAGCUGAUACAAUGUAGAAUUUCCAUGAAUAAAAUAUGCAAGCGAUGCAGUGGGAGGUACCUGACCCGCGUCCCUUCGGCUAUUGAAGUGAAGGGUAGUUAUGACUUCUCAUGGCUGGACACCCCCGCGCAGUUGGGGGAAGGGGAGCCCUUUGUCGGCGACCGGGUCCCGCCGAAUCCUCGAGACGGUGCUUUCCCCACCCACGCGACCGCUCGUCAAAGAGACCCCACGUUAAGUGCGCACACUUGGGGGAGACCCCAACAAACCGCGCCAUAGUUCGGUUUGUCCCGCCUACGAUUGUCCUCCGCGACGGCCCGAUAUGGAAGACGGAUGACUUCCGAUCCGUCAUCGCCCAUGCAAGCCGUAGCUGCCUGGAGGUUGGCGACGUCAUCCAUGGGUCCAAGGGCGACAACGCUAAGGGCCCCUUCCCACGUGCAGCGGUGGCGGGCUCUCGCUACGCGAAGCGGAG